CCAACCUUCGUACUGGACUUACAUAAACACUUGGUAUGGGCUCUGGUACCUAUGCGGGGUUAUGCAACCGUGAAACUUAAAAUUGCUAGGUACGAAGUAUGAUAUAAGUUCUUUCACAUGAGUUGCGUUUGCAUUCUAAUUUGACACGUCAGAAACGAGCCGUGUAAGAAAAUGAGCCAGCCAAUAGUUUCAAUAAGCCGAAAUACGUAGGUUAGGUACCCAACCUAUGUAGACACGGCUUGCUGCAGGCUGUAACUGCUGAAUGCUCACAACCCGGCCAUCGCGGUCUGGAGAUUAAAACCCGACUCUUCCCUCUGUUCCAAUAUUUCUGAUUCCCUUCCUUAACUAUUAUUUCACAACUAUACCAAUCUCUCUACACUUCACCAUUACAAGUACUCAUACUUUACACUCAAUCCGAGACUGCGAAUAUUCACGACAGCAUUACGGUCGUGAAAUAUAAAUGGAGAUGGCGCCUAUAUUAGACAAAAUAACUGCUUCUGGAGAAGAAUAUUGGCGCUGGAUCCAACAAAACCCGAAGCAAACUGCUGCUUACGCAACCGCUGGCAUUGCAGUUGCAGCACCGAUGGCUAUCGCCGCCCCGAUUUUAGGUGUUUUCGGGUUCGGGGCAAGCGGUAUUGCAGCAGGUUCCGUGGCGGCCGGCGCCCAAACUGCGAAUGUAGCGGCAGGAAGCCUAUUCGCUAUACUGCAGAGCGCUGGCAUGGGUGGCUAUGGAGUUGCCGCCGUCGGCGGUGCUGUCCAAGCCGGAGGCUUCGUCGGUGGUAUUAUUACCGCCUUGAAAAAGGCUUGUGAUCGCCAAAGCCUUAACCCUAUUGAGAGUAUAUGGGAUGAGCGGCACGGCAUUGUGGAAGCUACGAACCGGUUCUGGGAUAGCUUUCCAACCGAAAAACUGACAACCAUGAUGAAUAUGACGCCACAGAUAGUCGAACGUCUUAAGAAAAUGAAAGAUUCAAUGUUGGGAUACUAAGUUUGGGAUACUAAGUUUAGCAUACAUAAACCAGCCGCACAAACAGCUCCUGGGUCUCUAGGUAAUUUGGCUAUUCUUACUUGAGGUCGAGAAUGAAUGUACUCUGGCAUGGGAUUCAUAACGUUUUAGUAAAUUGACUAUUAACACACUAUGUUUCUUUGCGCUCUAUCUGCCAG